GUUUUCAAAAUGCUUGUUUAGAAUAUAAGCUCGAUCUAUAAUAUAUGCGUUUUUAAAAAAAGACUAGUAUAUGCAUUAUGUAAUUCAUGGUUAAUUAAUCCUCUGGUAAGUAAAUUAAAUAGCACAUGCAUGUUCAAAGAAAAAUGUAGACAAAUAUAUUAAAGUGGAUAAAUAAAUAGAAAAAAAGGGAGUGGUCAGGUCAGUCUCGGUGCAUGCUAACUCUAUGCACGUUCUCAUCUUCGUCUCUUUCCUCACUUACACUAAUUCUCUCUCUCUAUAUUAAACCUCUGAACCAGUGACCACAUACAUACUCAGUAAGCGAGUCCGAGUCAACAAUGGACGUCUACGGCAUGUCUUCACCGGACUUGCUUCGUAUCGACGACCUUCUCGAUUUCUCCAACGACGAAAUCUUCUCUUCCUCUUCCACCGUCACUUCCUCCGCCGCUUCCUCCGCCGCUUCUUCCGAAAACCCUUUCAGCUUUCCUUCUUCCACCUACACUUCUCCUACUCUCCUCACCGACUUCACUCACGAUCUCUGCGUUCCCAGUGACGACGCAGCUCAUCUCGAAUGGUUAUCGCGAUUCGUUGACGAUUCAUUCUCCGAUUUCCCAGCAAAUCCUUUAACCAUGACCGUUAGACCCGAGAUUUCAUUCACCGGAAAACCUAGAAGUCGCCGAUCAAGAGCACCAGCACCUUCCGUAGCUGGAACUUGGGCUCCGAUGUCUGAAUCAGAGCUUUGUCACUCCGUCGCUAAACCUAAACCGAAGAAAGUCUACAACGCUGAAUCGGUUACGGCGGAUGGAGCGAGGCGGUGCACGCACUGUGCCUCGGAGAAAACGCCACAGUGGAGAACUGGACCGCUUGGACCUAAAACACUUUGUAACGCUUGUGGAGUUCGUUACAAAUCAGGGAGGCUUGUACCGGAAUACAGACCGGCGUCGAGUCCGACGUUUGUAUUGACUCAGCAUUCGAACUCUCAUCGGAAAGUUAUGGAGCUCCGGCGACAGAAGGAACAACAAGAAUCUUGCGUUCGAAUUCCGCCGUUUCAGCCGCAGUAAAUUUGGGGGUUUUCUUUUCAAGGGUUUUUGUGAUUUGGUGACGUGUCGUAAUCUUAACGGUGAUGAUCACGUGACCGACGGGAGGGGUUAAGGACUUAAUUAUCAGUAUUAGUUUAAAGUUUGCAAAUCUCUGCUAAUUAAUUUGUUGGUAAUUUCUAUUGAUUUUUUUCUUGCUUUUGUUUAUUGGUCUCACGGCUCUCCUUAAAGUUAUAUCAUUAAAUGAUUUCAUUGGCGGCAUUUAAUUUUCCUCUUUUCAGAUAUAAAAGCUUCUCAACCACCAUGGACUCUGCUUUUUGUGACUUAUGAUGUUAUAUCACACAUGACAAUGCUGGUUAAUCUUCAUACAUACAUCAUACAUGUUACAUGCUUGAGAAUUUGAGUUUUUGGCAUUUCACGAGGCAAUUCAG